AUGCCGGUGUCGUUACAGAGUAUUUUGAGCGUAGUCUCACGCGUAAAGGAGGCUGCUGCUUCAUUUCGUAAUCCCGUUUUCCGAAACUAUUUCGUGAGCAAGGCCGAAGAGGAAUUGCAAUUGUUACGUGCGAAGGGUUCAUCGAUGUCUUCCUCCGAAUUGGAGGCGCGUCUGCGUUCGAAUACAGAUUUAGAGGCAGUAUUAAAGCGACAGAGCACCGUUCACAAUCUCUAUUACGGCAUUGAGUCCCGUGUGGAGAAGUAG